GUCACCGCCCGGCUGACUGCUCCGCCGGCGGAGGGGGAGGGCGCCUCUCGCAUGGAGUCGCUCGGUAAGUGAGGGCAGCGCAGCGCCGGGCCCUGUGAUGCAGCAGUGGCGUGCGGGCAGGCCCCCCUGCUAGGCGCUGCCUGCGCUCUCCACACGGGGCGGCGGAGGCGCGGGGCUUGGCCCCGCUCCAUGGAGACCAAUGGCAUCGCUCCCACCCACCCCCACGGGCCCCGAGCCCGCCGGCACACACAGCCGCACGCUUCAGCCCACCAUGGCCCCGGCGCCGGCGCCGCCGCCGCCGCUCCGGCCCUCGGCGAGUGGAAAGGUAGAAGGCCAGCCCAAUGGUGACACAAUCCCAGCUGAGCAAGCCAAUCCUUCAGAUGACACUGUUGCUGGUGCUGGGAGUCGUCAGAAUGAUCAGAUAGUGCAGAAAAUAGAGGAAGUGCUCUCUGGAGCCCUUGAUACAGAGCUGCAGUGCAAAUCAGAUGUAGACAAAGGUACUGUGAAAAAUAGUUCCAAGUCUAUAAAAAGAAGUCCUACUGAUGGAGUUCAAGAUGAAAUUCCUAGGAAAAAAGCAAAGAAGAACAAGAAACACAAAAGCAAGAAGAAGAAGAAAAAGAAGAAGAAAAGGAAGAAAGAGAAAAAGCAUAAAAAACAGCCAAAAGAGUCAAAACUGAGUGCACGUCAUGGAGAACAUGCAGAAUUGCAGCCUGCAUCUCACUUGAUGCCAGAAAAUUCAAGCUCCAAACUGAGUGUACAGCAUGGAGGAUCUGGAGAUUCAAAUCUGGCUGUUCACAUGCAGCCAGAAGAACCGUGCUUAAAAGUAAGUGAGGAGCUUGAUAGACAAGCUUUAGGACUUGCUUCUCAUUUGAGAGCUGAUUCUCAGCCACCUAAGGAAGAUCUCGGAAGUGAGCAGAGGAAUUUGUGUGCAGCAGAUCCUCAAUUUAAUUUAGAAAGCAGCAGAUCUGAAAUCCAAGAACACAUUAGUAUAACUCAAACUAAAAUUUGCACUAGAGAAGAACAAAUUAAAGAAUUUCAUGAAGGUGUUUAUCCUGUAGCUGUUAGUAUCAGUGGAAAGGGUGAAUUUCAUGUUGAUACUGGAAAUGAUACGUUGUCUACCGUCCCAUCUGGAGUUGCCGAUAAAUCUGAACUUCAGAAAUAUCCAGAAGCAACUUCAAAGGUAGUAGAAGCACUAAAAGGUUCAGAAGAUGUUCUUAAGUCUAAAAGCACUGGGGAAGCUUUUGGUGCAGCUCUUGAAUAUGAGACCAGGGAAGUGCUGAAGUACUCAGAAGCAGCUCUAAAAUCUGUAGCACAGAUGGGAACAAAAGAAGUAGAAAUAAACUCAGAAUCUGUGUCUUUGGCAAGUGAUUCAACAGCAAUCCCUAAAUCUGCAAGUCAAGCAGAUUUGAAAACUGUGAAGUUAGCUCACAUGUCUGUCGCCAUGGAAGAAGUGAAAAUUCCAGAAGCAACUGAAGAAUCUUUGCAUAUGGGAAAUGUGAAAAGUGUAGAAAGAUCUUUGGAACUGGGAGGUGUGACUGGAACUUCAGAGCCAGCUCUAAAGCCCCUAACUGUAGCUGGUCAUUUAAGAGUGGCACAGGUCAGCCCUGUUGAGAGUGUGAAUGUCUUCCAACAUGUAGCUGUGAUGGGGGACAUGGAAGAUAAAGAAACAGACCCAGGUGUGACUUUGCAACAUGUAAUACCUGUAGCAAUGGCUUUAACCCAGGUGGAAGUGAAAAGUGCCAAAAUACCCCUAGAACCAGGGGCUGUAACAAAGGUUAAAGAUGUUGAACCAACUAGAGGCUCUGUACAGACAGAAAAUGUGAAAGCUUUUGAAGAAGCCCUAGAACCAGUUGCUGUGGCAAAGAAAAAAGCUUUGGAAACAAUUGUGAAACCUGUGGAUAUGAUGGGAGCAAAAGAUGUCAGAGCAACUCGAGAACAUCUGGAAGUUGAGGUUAUCAAAGAUUUGGAAGGAACCACUGAUUCUGCAACAGUGUUAAAUGCUUCAGAAGUGGUCUCAGAGCGUUCAGUGACAGAAACAAGAACUUUGGAUUUUGCAAUUCCAGUAGAAGUAUCAAACGUGAAUGUGGCUCAAGCAUCUCUACAAAUGGGAGGUGUGAAAAAAAUCCAAGAGGCUAAUGAUUUGGAAACAACUUUUCAAGCUGUAGCUGCCACAGAAUUAAAAGCAACAGUGAGCCAAGAGCCUCAGCAAACUAAAAUUGCAGGAGCCCUAAAAUAUGUGCCCUCAGAGGCAAAAGGUUUAAAAGCAAUUUCAGAACAUGUAGCAGUUGUACAGGCAUUUGUCCCCAAACCAGCUCCAGAAAUUCAGAUGUCAGAAGGUUAUAAAGGUCCGCAAGCAACUGUGGAAGUUGUGGCAAUAGCAGGAAUAAAAAGUGCAGGAACAAAUCAAGCUGCUCUGCAAGUGGAAAAUAAUGCUUUGAAAAUUCCAGAAGCAACUCCAAAGCCUGUAGCCAUAACAGAGGCGAAAGAUUCAGAGGGAACUUCAUUAUUGAGACAAGUAGAGGAGUUGAGAGAAUCAAGAUCUGAGAGUGAGUCAAAUGUGAAAAGUUUGGAAGUAGCUCCCCUAUCUUUGCAGAAGGAAGAUGUGAAAGGUCUGGGAGGACUCAUAAGACCAGGUUUAGCAGCAGGACUAGGUUCAGCAGUGGAGUCAAAAGGUUCAGAAACAAAUCUGGCUUGUAUGACAGGAGCAGAAGCAGCCUCAGAUGCUGCUUUUCCUGCUAUGAAAAUUGGAGGUGAAAAACAUCUGGAAAGAAGCAUAAGUUCUGUGAAAACAGUGAAAAGUCUGGAAACAACAUUAGUACCUCUAGUGGAGACAGAAGGGAAAGAUUCAGAAGCAGUGCUUGGCAGAGCCAAGGGUGAAAUAUCUUCAUCACAUCUGCAGAUUAAAGAUUUAGAAGGAGAUCCAGAAUCUUUGGGUAUGGCAAAGACGAAAGCUUUGGAAGCGGUCUUUCAACCUGUGCCCCUUGUAGGGGCAAAGAGUGUAGGAGAAAAUGUGUGUUCUGAAGCCAAAAUUGGCACCCAAGUUUUUGGAGAAAGUCCAGGACUUCUGGACUUAGGAAGUUCAGGAAGAACUACUGAAUCUAUGUUUGCAUGCGUAAGCAUGGAGCCAGUUAAAGAGUCUGAGGUACUGGCAGAAGUGACACAUUUGAAAACUGCAGCACAGAGAGAACCAGAAGGUAUGGAAACUAUAGUCGAACCUCUUGUUACAAGCAGAACAAAGAGUUUGAUUGUUUCACAGUCUGACAGCAUGACAAAUAGAGAGUUGGGGAUAACCUCACAAACUGAGGUAACAAGAGAGAUGGAUUCUGAAAUUGCUACUAGAUCUGUAAAAGUGAUAAAUUUAGACAACUUGCCAGAAGUUGAGGCAGUUUUAGAGGUAAAAGAUGUGGAAGCAAGUUCAAAAACUUUACACUUAACAGAAGUGAAAAAUUUGGAAAUGGUUGUGGAAUCUAAAACAAAGUCACUAACACAAGACUUGGGAACGACCUUAGAAUCUGAGAUGACUGGAGAAGUAAAACAUUAUGGCGUAGCUACGGAAGAUCUAAACAAAGCAAAAGUGAAGAACAAAGAAGCAGUACUGGAACCUGUGCAAACAGUAAUGGUGGAAACUUUGGAAGAAAAUUCCAAAUCUUUGCAUGCAGAAGAGUUGGAGACAACUGUGGAAUACAAGACUGGAAGUAAGCCAGAAAAAAAUGAAACAGUAAUAGAAUCCAAGACUAUCAAGGCAGUAGAAUAUUCCCAAACAGCUCCAGAAUCUCUGUGUACAGCAACGAUGGGCGAUUCAGAAGCACUGUUAGAAUCUUUGCCCAGAGUGGAAGAAAAAAUGGUGGCAUCAGAAGUAGUGACAGAAGUGAGAAACUUGAAAGGAAGUUUGGAAUCUAAGAUUUCAACAGAUGUAAGAAAUCAGGGACCCACUGUAGAAUAUAUAAUUGCAACAAGGAGGACAGGUACAAAAAAAGUUGAGUCUUCACAUAUGAUCAGUUUAAAAGAUUUGGAAGAAGCUUCAGGAAAUGAGAAAGGAAUGAAAGUAAAAUAUUUGGAGGCAGCAUCAGAAGCUGGAGAAACGAGUUUUUUUGAAAGUAGGAAAGAACCUGCACUAGUAGAAAGGAAAGAUUCUGAAAGAGUCAUGGAGCCUGAGGUAUGCAUGAAUACCCCAGAUUUGGAAACAUCUCAAAAAUCUGAAGAAGCAGGGGUGAUGAAUGUUCUACAGGAUGCUUCAGAAACAUUCACAAAACAACAUUCAGAAUCUGUUUCAAAGGCUUUGCACACUGAAAAGCCAGAACACGUGCAAAUAGUUUCAGAUGCCAAACCUGCUGCAGAAUGGAAAAGUACAGAAGAGUCUCCAGAAAUCUUGAGUGCUGCUGAAAUGAAAUCUUCUGAAGCAGUUCCAAAAAUGGGGGAUGUGAAAGAUGUGGAAACAAUGCUAGAACAUGAAGUAGCAGCGGAAGUACCAUAUCCAAAAGUGGCACAGUAUCAGCAACUGGAGGAUGUGAGAGUUGCAGAACAAACUCAGGAAUGUGAGCUACAUGUUGAGAAGAAAGAUACUGAACAAACUAUACAAUCUGAGCCUUUAAUAGAAGUAAGUGGUAGGCAGACUACUCCAGCAUCUGUGGCAGGUCCAGAAACAGCUUUUAGUUCUUUACAUGCAUCAGAUGAAAAAGACUCAGCAGCAACUCCUGAAUCUGAAAUCAUUGGAAACCUAAAACACUUGGAAGCCAGUCCAGCUGAUGUGGCAGAGACGAAAGAUUUGGAAGCAGCUCCAAUACGUGAUGCUGUUGUAGAGCCGAAAGAUUCAGAAGCAGCUGCAGGGACAGAGGCAGAGACAAAAGAUUUGGAAGCAGCUCUGAGACCUGAAACUGUUAUGGAAGAAGUUUCAGUGCUGGUGGCAGAGCCAGGAGAGUUGGAAGAAAGUCCACAGGCUGAGGCUGUAAAGGAAGCUGGACAGGCAGAAGAAGCAAGAGAUUCAGAAACAUCUGAUGUGCAGCCUGAUGUGGCAGCACGAAUGAGAGAGACUCUAAUGAGACUUGAAAAAGUUUUUGAAAAAAGCCACAGAAGUGAUAAAAAACAUGAUGCAAAGAAACAAAAAAGAAGUCGCUCUAAGUCUCAUUCCAGGUCUAAGAAGAGGAAAAAAAAAUCAAGGUCAAGUUCUACUUCCAGGCGUCUGACCUCUAAAAGAGCACGUUCUAGGAGCAGAAACUAUUCAGAUUCGAGAAAAAAGCAUUCCAAAUCCAGAUCCCGGUCUGUGGAGAAGAGAGAGAGGAGAGUGUCUUCCCGGAGGUCCAGACGCAGACGAUCUAGGUCUUCUGACCGCUACAGAUCUAAAUCCAGAUCAGUGGAAAAAACACUCUCCUCCCGAAGGUCUGGACGCAGACGUUCCAGGUCUUCUGACCGCUACAGGUCCAAAUCCAGGUCAGUGGAAAAGAGCAGACUGUCCUCUAGAAGGUCCAGACGCAGACGAUCUAGAUCUUCAGACCGCUACAGAUCUAAAUCCAGAUCAGUGGAAAAAACACUCUCCUCUCGAAGAUCUGGGCGCAGAUGUUCGAGGUCUUCUGACCGCUACAGAUCUAAAUCCAGAUCAGUGGAAAAGAGCAGACUAUCCUCUAGAAGGUCCAGGCGCAGGCGUUCGAGGUCUUCAGACCGCUACAGGUCUAAAUCCAGAUCAGUGGAAAAACGACUGUCAUCCCGAAGGUCUGGGCGCAGGCGAUCAAGGUCUUCUGACCGCUACAGGUCUAAAUCCAGAUCAGUAGAAAAAAGACUGUCCUCCCGAAGGUCUGGGCGCAGGCGUUCGAGGUCUUCUGACCGCUACAGGUCUAAAUCCAGGUCAGCAGAAAAGAGACUGUCAUCUUGGAGGUCCCGACGCAGACAUUCCAGAUCCUCUGACCGUUCUAAAUCUAGAUCCAGGUCCUCAGAAAAGAGGGGGGGCAAAGAAUAUUCCUGGAGGUUCAGAAACAGAGGGUCUGGUUCCUCUGAUCGUUCAAAAUCUAGGUCUAGAUCUGUUGAGAAGAGAGGUCGGAAGGCAUCUCUGCGGCGAUCUAAACGUCAGCGCUCAAAGUCCUCUGACCGUUACAAGUCUAGAUCCAGAUCAGUAGAAAAAAGAGAUCGGAAGCAAUCAUCACGGAAGUCUAAACGUCAGCGCUCAAAGUCCUCUGACCGCUACAAGUCUAGAUCUAAAUCAGUAGAAAAAAAGAAGGAGUCUUCACGAAAAUCUAAGCGUCGUCGCUCAAAGUCUUCUGAACGGUAUAAGUCUAGGUCAAGGUCUGUUGAAAAAAAGCGCAAAGAAUCUUCAAAGAAAUCCAAACGGAAACGAUCCAAGUCCUCUGACAGUGUUAAGUCAAGGUCCAAAUCUGUGGAAAAAAGAGAGAGCAAGGUAUCUGCAGUAAAGUGCAGUAGUAAGCAUGUUGAGUCUUCUGAACAUCAGGAGACAAGAACCAAAUCUCCUGAAAAAAUGGAUGGUCCUGAACCUUCUUUGACUUCUGAAGGCAGCUUGUCAAAAUCCUCUGAUGGUCCUGUGUCAAUAACUCUGUCUACUGAAAAAGUAAAUGGUCCAGAGCUACCAUUGACAGCUGAAAGCAGAUUUUCGAAAACUUCAGAUAGCCUUGAAACAAGAUCCUCAUCUGUUGAAAAAACAGAGGAUCUGCAGCCUUCUGUGAUGUCUGAACUUGAAAGCUCCAAAGCCCCAGAUGACCAGGAAUUGAGAUCUAUGCCUGUGGAAAAAACACAGGUUUCGGAGCUUUCUCUAACAGUUGAAAAUGGGUGUUCUACCACCCUUUCUGACUGUGAGACUGAAUCCAUGACAGCUGAAAAAGCAGUAGUUCUGGAAUCUUCAUCACUACCUGAACUUCCAUGCUCUACAUCCAAAUCAAGAUCGUCAUCUGUUGAAAAAAGAGGAGAUCCACAACCUUCUCUAAUACCAGAUUCUCAGUUCUCCGCAUCUGCUGAAAAUGAGUUGAGGUCCGCUUCUCUCAGAGAAAUACAGGGUCCAGAUCCUCUCCUGGCAUUUAAAAGUGGAUGCUCUGUAUCUUCUGAUGAUUACAACUCAGUCUUGUCCUUGGAAAAAACAGAGGUUCAGGGAUCUUCUCUGAUGUCUGAAAGUGUGGUGUCUGACUUCACUGAUGGUCAUGAAUUGAGACCCGCCCCUUCUGAAAAAACAGAGCUUCAGACGUGUUUGCCAAUGCCUGAAAGUGGAUCUUCUAAAUUGGCUGACAGCCCUGAGUCAAGGUCACUCUCUUUCGAAACAGCAGUGGUUCAGGACACCAAACUUACAUGCUCCACGUUCCCUGAUGUCCAAGAGUCAACCUUCUUGCCUAUUGAAAAAGGCAGGAUGCAGGAGCCUUCUCUGGCUUCUGACAGUGAAUACUCUAAGUCUCCUAAUAGACAUCAGUCAGGAUCCAGCUUUGCUACAAAAACAGAUGAGGUUUCAUUGAUGUUGGAAGGUAGGUCCUUCAAGUCACCUGAUGGACAUGAAUUAGGAUCCGUAGCAGCAGAAAAAGUAAAGGCUCCAGAUGCUUCUCUGUCAGUCAGACAUGCUCCUAUUGAUGUCUCAGAUGACCUCAUGUCAGCGUCAUCUUUUGAAAAAGUGGAGGAGGUUGUUACAGCAGCUGUAGGGGAAAGCUACGAGUCUUACGAAGUUCAUGAGUCCAGAUCGUCUGUUGACAAAGAUACAAGCAGUGUGGAAUCUUCACAGGUACUUGAAAUUGGCUGCUCUGAAUCUUCUGGAAUUUGUGGAUCCCUGCCAACUGAAAAAAUAGAGAAUAUAGAAUCUUUUUCGACAUCUAAAAGUGGAUUUCCCUUGUGCCAUGAUGGCCAUGAGUCAAAAUACAGUUUUUCUGAGAAAGUAGAAGGUGCAGGACUGUCAGUGGCACCUGAACUUAGGUAUUCUGUAUUUCCGGAAGGCCAUGAAUUGAGAUCUGCUGCAGUUGAAAAGUUAGAUACGCAAAAGUCUCCUCUUCCACUAGUAAGUGGAUCCUCUGAAUCCACUGAUGUUUGUGAAUCAGUAAGCCCUCUUAAUGAAAAAAUAGAGUCCCAGAUGCCUUCUCUGACAUCUGAAGGUGGGCUCUUCCUCUUGCCUGAUAGUCAUGAGUUGAGACCUAUCCCUGCUGAAAAAGUGGAGGUGCAGAAGUCAUAUUUGGCAUCUGAACUUGUGUGCACUGUAUCGCCUGAUGGCUACAAGUUGAGAUCUGCCUCUGAAGAAACACAGGUGCAGGAACCAUCUCUGUUGUUGGAAAGUAGAUGCUCUGUUUCCUCUGAUGGUCAUGAGUUGACAUCCACUGCUGCAGAGAGAGUUGAGGUGGAGGAGUCUUCUCAAAUACCUGAAAAUGAAUACACAAUAUCCGUUGAUGGCCAGGAAUUGAGAUCAUCCCCUACUGAAAAACCAGAGGUACAGGAACUUUAUCUGACACCCGAAGGAAGAUGUUCAGUCUCCCCUCCAAGCCAGGAGUUGCUGUCAUCCUCUGUUGAAAAGGUAGAGGUGCAAGAGUCUUCCACAUCUGAAAAUGCAUAUACUGUAUCCUGGGAGGGCCAGGAGUUGAGAUCUAGCUCUCUUGAAAAAGUAAAGAUGCAGGAGUCGUGCGUAAUACCUGACAAUGAAUAUGCUGUAUCCACUGAAGAUCAGGAAUUGCUAUCUUCCCUUACUGAAAAAACAGAGGUACAGGAAUGUUCUUUGCUAUCUGGAAAUGAAUAUGCCAUAUCCUCUGAGGGCCAGGAGUUGAGAGGCAGCUCUGCUGAAAAAGUAGAGGUGCAGGAACCUUCUUUGACAUCUGAUAAGGAAUAUGCCAUGUUCCCUGAAGGCCAGGAAUUACAGUCUACCCUUGUGGAAAAAACAGUGGUGCAGGAGCCUUCUCUAGUAUCUGACAGUGAAUUUGCUGCAUCCCCGGAAGGUCAGGAGUUGCUCUGUACCCUUCCAGAAAAAGCAGAGGUACAGGAUUGUUCUCUGCUGUCUGAAAAUGAGUAUGUUUUAUCCCCUGAAGGCCGUGAUUUGACGUCCAGCCCAAUUGAAAAAGAAGAAUCAGAGGAACCUUCUGAAACAUCUGAAAGUGAAAGUUCAAUGUCCAGUGAUAGCCAGGAGUUGCAGUCUACUCUUGUUGAAAAAACAGAGGUGCAGGAGCUGUCUCUGAUGUCUGAAGGUGAAUGUGCACUGUCCCCUGAAGGUCAGGAGUUGCAGUCUAGCCCUGCUGAAAAAGCUGAAGCUAAGGAACCUUCACUGACAUCUGAAAACGAACAUGCGCUGUCCCCUGAAGGCUGUGAAUCAAGAUUGACCCAUGAUGAGAAAGUAGAGGAUAUGGAUUCUUCUUUAACAUCUGAAAAUGAUCAUUUGUCUUUUGAGAGUCAGGAGUUAAGAUUCACCCCUGUUCAGAAAGCAGACAUGCAAGAGCGUUCUCUGACACCUGAAAGUGAACGUUCAGCAUCCCCUGAUGGCCAGGAGUUGAGAUCCCCCAUUGUUGAAAAUGUAGGUGAUCUGGAACCUUCUUUGGCAUUAAAUGAUACUGAUGGCAGUGACUUGAAAUCUAUUGCUGUUGAAAAAAUGGAGGAUGGAAUGCCUUCUUUAAUGUCUGAAAGUGGAUGCUUUGUGUCCCCUGAUGGCUACAGUGUGAAAUCUGCCCCUGGUGAAGAAAUAGGGGAUCUAGAGCCCUCUUUGAUAGCUGAACGUAGACAUUCUACAUCCCCUGAUCAUGAUAGCCAUGAGCUGAAGUCUCCCGUGGAGGAAGAGUGUCUAGAGUCCUCUUUCACUUAUGAACAUAGAAGAUCCAUGUCUCCUGAUGGUCAUGACCUGAAAUCUACUGUGGAUGAAGAGGUAGAAGAUACGGAGCCCUCUUUAACAUCUGAACAUAGACAUUCCCCAUCUCCUGAUGAGCAUGAAUCAAGAUCUACCAUUGGUGAAGAAGCAGAGUACCCGGAGCCACCUUUGGCAGUUGAACGUAGAUGCUCCGUGUCUUCUGAUGGUCAUGAGUCGAGGUCUACCACUGGUGAAGAAAUAGAGGAUGUGGAGCCCUCCUUGACAGCUGAACGUAGACACUCCACAUCCUCUGAUGAGCGUGAGUCAAGGUCUACCACUGGUGAGGAGGUGGAGGAUGUGGAGCCUUCUUUGACAACAGAACGCAGACACUCCACAUCCUCUGAUGAGCAUGAAUCAAGGUCUACCACUGGUGAAGAUAUAGAGGAUGCAGAGCACUCUUUUACAGCUGAACGUGGACGUUCUGUGUCUCCUGAUGGACGUGAGUCGAGGUCUACCACUGGUGAAGAAGUAGAGGACAGGGAGCCCUCCUUGACAGCUGAACGUAGACACUCCACGUCCUCUGACGAGCGUGAGUCAAGGUCUACCACUGGUGAAGAAGUAGAGGAUGUAGAGCGCUCCUUGACAGCUGAACGUAGACACUCCACAUCCUCUGAUGAACAGGAGUCGAGGUCUACCACUGCUGAAGAAGCAGAGGAUAUGGAGCCAUGUUUGACUGCUGAACACAGACGCUCCACAUCCCCUGAUGGACGUGAAUCAAGGUCUACCACUGGUGAAGAAGUAGAGGACAGGGAGCCCUCCUUGACAGCUGAGCGUAGACACUCCACGUCCUCUGACGAACACGAGUCGAGGUCCACCACUGGUGAGGAGGUAGAGGAUGUGGAGCCCUCUUUGACAGCCGAACAUGAACACCAGGAGUCACUUUCCAUGCCCCUUGAAAAGCUGGAGGGACAGGAUUCCUUUAUGCCUGAAAGUAGGCAUUCUGAGUCUUCUGAAUGCGAGAGAUCUAGAUCCAGAUCUGUUGAAAAAGCGUCUGACAAAGAGUCAUCACGAAGAUCUAGAAGUAGACGCUCAAAAUCUCUUACUCGCCCGAAGAGUCGAUCGACAUCCAUUGAAAAAACAGCAGACAAAGAGUCUUCACGAAGAUCUAGACGUAGACGCUCCAGAUCCACUGCUCGCCAAAAGAGUAAAUCCACAUCUGUUGAAAAAACAACAGACAAAGAGUCUUCACGGAGAUCUAGACGUAGACGCUCCAGGUCCACUGCUCGCCAAAGGAGUCGAUCAACAUCUGUUGAAAAAACAGCUGACAAAGAGUCUUCACGGAGAUCUAGACGUAGACGCUCCAGGUCUACUGCUCGCCAAAGGAGUCGGUCGAAGUCCAUUGAUAAAACAGCUGACAAAGAGUCUUCGCGAAGAUCUAGAAGUAGACGCUCCAGGUCUUCUCAACGCAGAUCCCAGAGGUAUGAUACAGAGUCUCGCUCUAGACGGAAUCGCUCCAGAUCAGUAACACGCAGAAGAGCGUCAAGAUCAAAAUCUAAUCGUCGCUCUCGAUCUAGUUCGCUGUCUCGUUCAAGGCACAGAAGGAGGAGUAGGUCGAGAUCAGCAUCAAGAAGACGACGUUCUUUAUCAAGAGAUAGACGUAAAAGAUCUCAGAGAAAUAGAUCAAGAUCUACUGAUAGAAGAAGGAGAAGAUCAGAUUCAAGAGAUCGUAGAAUAUCGCUCAGGUUACGUAGCAGGAGUCGAACACCUAUUCGUCAAAGGCGAUCAAGGUCGAGAGGAAGAAGACGGAGCUCUAGUAGGUCACCAAUUCGACUGCGGAGAUCAAGAUCUUCAGGGAGAAGAAGAUGUUACAGCAGAUCACCUGAUCGUCGAAGAUCCAGGUCAUCUGAAUUUUCAAGCAGAUCACCUAAACGUCUUACAGACUUGGACAAGGCCCAGCUACUUGAAAUAGCCAAAGCUAAUGCAGCUGCCAUGUGUGCUAAGUCUGGUGUACCCUUACCACCAAGCCUGAUGCCUAUGUUAGCUCAAAAGAAAGACGACAAAGCCAAUAAGUCGUCAAGAGAUACUCUAAAGGAGCUCACUGAGAAAUGCAAGAAGAUUGCUCAAAGUACAGAUGAUGUGAUAGUGAACAAACCUCAUGUUUCUGAUGAAGAGGAGGAAGAACGUCCUUUCUAUAAUCACCCCUUUAAGCUCAAUGAACCAAAACCCAUUUUUUUCAAUUUAAGUACUCCAAGUAUAAAACCAGCACCACCACCACAACCAAAAAAUCAGGUCAGCCUGUCAAAGGAAUUUCCUGUCUCAUCUGGGUCUCAGCAUAGGAAAAAAGAAGCAGAUAGUGUCUAUGGAGAGUGGGUACCAGUUGAAAAAGGCAAAGAAGAAAGCAAGGAUGAUGUUUUCCCCAAACCAGCCAUUGAGGGUGUGGACAUAACUACAGCUAUGAAUGAUCGAGCAGUGGCUCAGAAAAGGCUUAAUGAGAAUACAUUUGAUUUAGAGGCCAUGUGCAUGUUAAAUCGUGCACAGGAACAGAUCGACGCCUGGGCUCAGUCAAACUCCAUACCUGGUCAGUUCACAGGAAGUACAGGAGCACAGAUACUGUCCUCAGAUGAAUUGACCAACAGUGGUCCCCAAGCAUGGAUUAGAAAGGAUCAGUUCUUAAGAGCAGCCCCUGUAACUGGAGGAAUGGGAGCUGAACUGAUGAGAAAAAUGGGCUGGAGAGAAGGAGAAGGCCUGGGAAAAAACAAAGAAGGCAGCGUUGAGCCUAUUAUGGUUGAUUUUAAGACGGAUCGAAAAGGGCUUGUUGCUGUGGGAGAGAAGGCACAAAAGAGAUCUGGCCAUUAUAGUGUGAUGAAAGAUCUUUCAGGUAAACAUCCAGUUUCUGCAUUGAUGGAGAUCUGUAACAAAAGAAGAUGGACACCACCUGAAUUUGUGUUGGUGGAUGAUAGUGGGCCUGAUCAUCGCAAACAUUUUAUUUUUAAGGUGAGAGUCAAUGGAAAUGAAUAUAGGCCUACUUUUGCCAGCCUUAAUAAGAAGCAUGCUAAAGCCACAGCAGCAACUGCGGCUCUCCAAGCGAUGGGACUUGUACCAAAGGAAAGCAUGGCUACUACCACCAUGUUUAGGAGUGCCUCACACCGCUAGAUAUUGUUUUUUAUAUUGACAUUAUUUCAGAUAAUUUUACUCUGCACAAAAAUGGUAUUUGCCCUUUCAUGUUGUAAAUACAUUGGCAAUUCCCACAUUGUAAAAACUGUACAGACACCUUCAGGUUUUUCUUUUGUACCAUCAAAAUGUAUUUAAAUCAUACUUAGUUUUUGGUAUGUUUAUAUUGUUUACAUUAGUGAUGUAAUUAUUUCUUAAAUGACUAAAAUCAGACAACAGACUCUGGAGGCAUCAGUAAUCUAAACCCUUGUUUUAAAACUCAUGCAAUUUCUCUUCAAUAUGGAAUGUUAACACUUUCAUACUGUUUUGUACUAUGCUGCAGUUUUCCCUGGUCUUGGUAAAGCUACUCUUGUACUUUUGCCUACAGCUGGUAAAAGGCCAUGCAGCUUACCUUAGUCUAGUUGGGGCUGGCGUGUACUGCUGGACAGAUACUGGGCCAGUACUGUUACCCCUGUGAGAAAGCAAGCAAUGGUAGCCCUGUUGUACAGUGUUACCGCUGUGGCUUCUCUUUGAUUUUUGUUUGGGGUUUAACUCAGUGGUGCACCGCAACUGGCCGUACAGCCAAUAUUCUAGGACAUACACGAUUAAGCAAAAGACUUGCUUUAAAUGGGAGGGCAGAUGGUCCAGCGAUGGAACUGAUGAGACUUGCAAUAUAAAAGUGUCUCUCCCUGCAUGUUCUAAGAAGGGAGAUAAUGGAGUUGUCUGUUCCAAACAAAUUAACACACUGCCUGAUGUUGAUUGUAUGAAUUUGUGGUUAAUGUGAAUUUUAAACUCUAACAAAUCUACAACUGGAUUUGCGGGGUGGGAGGGGGAGGGAGGGGAUAGAAUGAUGCUUCAAUUGUUGUACCCAACUUGGUCAAUAAAGCAGCACAAGUUCAUAAUCUUAAUCACUGGUCAGUAAACAGUAAUUAAAAUCCAUGCCAAAACAACUUUUUGAAAAUACGCACAGUAUAAAAGUAAGUAUUCUGAAGAAUAGCAACAGCUGUUAAGGGCUGCGGAAUCCAUUCUAGUUAUUUGCAGUUGUUCUAGAAUAUUACCAAAUUAACUCCUUGGGCUUUAAUUUUCUGUAAUGGUACUCUGCCCUCAAGGAGACAGUCUGGUCCAGAGCUUUGGCUGUUUGAUAAUGGAGAGGAUGCAAAAAGACUUUUUUUAAAAAAAAAAAAAAAGAAAAAAGAUUUAAGAAAUAUUAGUACUUUAGCUAUGCACACUUUGAAUUUGAAAGUUUUGACUGCAAGGGGCAUUGUACAUCUUUUGCAGAUUUGUCUGUUAUGAGCAGAUUGCCAGGAUUUAUGGCCUUUAGUAGUCCAGAUGUUUGUUUCUGAAAAGUCUUUCUAAGGUUGUUUCUGAUGACAUCUACUGACCAGAGCUUCAUCUGGGGAAGGAACAAAACAUAGUUUGCACAUAGUACGCUGUGCUCUGGCCUACAGUGAAUGACCCUUGCAGUGGCAGUAGGAGCUUGGAGAUGAGGAAUUACUAGUAUCUCUUCUUCCAUGAAGUAAAGUUAUUUGUGUGUUCUCUCAACCGUUACUGAGCAAAGCCUCUUUCUCUGCCCUAAAGGGACAAGCAACAGUGUCUCAUUUUGCACAUGGCAUAAGGGAGGGACAGAGAAAUGUUCUGAAUUCUCUAUCACACAUUUCCAAGAAUAAGACCCCUUAGUCUAUCAAAGCACUCUAGAAAUGCCUGGAUUAAUCAUAACUUUUGUGGACGUAGUUGUCUUUAAUUAAACUUCUUUUCUGUUUGUCUUUUUGCCUUCGGUCUCUGAGUAAAAUUGUUGUUCUUAGGUCUCCUUUCCUUCCUUGCUGAAAUAGUUGGAAAGUGUGUAAUAAAUGUAAAUAAGAUGGUAAGCAAUGGAAGGGCAUACUCUGGGAGAACUGGAUGUUACACCUGUCUUAGCUGAAAUCUGGCUCAAUGUAAUGUACAGCUAAGUGUAAUUAGCUCAGGAUGUGGGAGGCAGCUGUUAAUCAGGCUUUUGUUACUGUCUGAUUUUGAUACACCUGAAACAUCAGAGAUGUUGAUCAUUGUUUAGUCUAUGCUGUCCAUGUAAGCUCUGGCUGCAUGAUAUCAAAUCUGGGAACAUACAGUCUUCUCUUGUACUUGUUAAUUAUGGUCUUUUUUUGUCCGUAUUCCCCAUGUAUAAUGUAAAGAUAUAUAUGUUACCUCACAGAAGCGAGAAGCAGAUGAAUUCAAUCUGACAGAAGACUCCAUUAAAAAAAAAAAAAAAAAAAAAAAAAAAAAAAGGCAAGUACUGGAUUUCAUGCCUUAAAGACAUGGUACUGUGCAUAGAUGUAACACCUGUUCUUAAGGAAGAUAUACCAAAAAAGAAGAGGAAAAAAAAGAAUUGAGAUCUGUAAUACCUUAAUUAUGACUUUAAUUUUGAGGUUUCUGUUCUAGUUUCAUUCCCAUUGUUUAGAAUGUUAAAUGAAUUUAAAGGUAGUGCAGAGAUGUGCUUCUGUUAAGUUUGUAAAUUUGAAUUGGUUUGAGUAUCUUUUGCAUGUGGGAAUAGACAAGUAGUCAUAUAUUAAAAAGAACAACUAGGAAA